UCGGCGGAGGGGAGACCGGGGGAGAGAGAGAUUAUUGGGUUUGAAUUUGUCAUGUUGUUCCGUGAAUAGCAGGCCUUCGCCCAAAUCAUUCAAGAGCAAACUUUCUGACAAAACAGUACUCCUUGCCAAUCAAAGUUAAAUUCUUACCUUCAUCGUACCAAACAAGCAGCUUCUUUCAGCCGCUCUAGUGGAUUCAGGAUUCAAAGUUCCAUUUGUGUCAUGAAUUCUGCUUCAACGUCUACAAAUGCUUACGCUUUUGAUUCAUCUUUUCUCAGACAUUCCAGCUCAGACAUGGCCUCCUCGAAUGGAUGCGGAGACCUUUUCUUCUCCGACCCUUUUCCUUUCCCUCUCUUCACCCCCACUGACGUCGUUCCCCAGAUUCCAAACAGCCAAACACAACACCCCAUACUGGACGAAACUGCUUCUUCUCUUGACCCUUUUUCCUCUUCUUUCUUUUCCUUUUCUCCUCCAAGUACCCACCUGGAAAAUCUGAGCCUUUACCAGCCUCUGUCAACUGGCACAAAUUCAGAAACUGAGUUUGUAAAUUUCUCUGUUUUGGAUGGGUUCAAAGUAAAGAGCGAAGAAUUUCAAAUGGGUAUCGAUUACAAUAGCAAUCAGAACUUUGUUCCUCACAGUUACAAUGGUUCUGAAAAUGUACACAAGUCCAUUCAAAGGAGCCACAGCAGUAACUGCUUUGAUGGGAAGCCUGGUUUUCUCUUUCAACCCCACUAUGAUACUCUCUUAGAUUCCUCAAACUUUCAAAUGCAGACCAUGAAUUCUCCAGAAGACAAUCAAGUGAGGAGAGUGUGCAGUACAGGAGAUUUGCAGAACAUGGAAUCGACUCAAACGAUCCACAGGGAAGGUUCGUUCUUAGAGGAAGCAAGCUUCAAAGUGGGCCGUUACAGUGCUGAAGAAAGAAAAGAGAGAAUCUCUAAGUACAGAGCCAAGCGCGGCCAGAGGAACUUCAACAAGACGAUUAAGUAUGCAUGCCGGAAGACACUGGCGGACAAUCGACCACGCAUACGCGGCAGAUUCGCACGCAACGACGAGAGCGGCGAGAAUUCCAAAGGCUCAUGUUCAAUCAGAAAUGAAGAAGACGACGAGUUCUGGUUUGAAGGGUUGCAUGAAGAGCAAGAGCAGAUGACGCUGAGAGGACAGUACUUGAACAUUUAUGGAGAUACUCAUCAAUUCCAAUACCAUAGCUUUUGGGAUUGACAACAGAAUAGAAGCAUCAUCGUCCAGUGGUAGCUAUCAGCAAAAGCCUUUUGCUAAUUGCUAGCUUCGCUAGUCCUGUCCCAAAAGGCCCUUUCGAGCUCUUUUAUUUUAAAUUUACAUUUAUUCACACUUACUAUUGGUCAUGUAUAAUGAGUGAGAUGCAUGGAGAAAAAAUGAGUAGGAAAAUACGAGAGUGAAAAAAAAAAAAUAUAGAGGUUCCAUAUUAGUUUUACUCUUUUUUUGACCCUUAUUGGUUUGAAAUAUGCUUUAUGUAUAUCAUUUCAAUAUAUAACACUCUGUC